AUGGCGUCUUCGUCUCAUGCUGCUGCCACCCCGGAGACGAAGGAGCAGCUAGGCUUUGAGCCCUCGUCAUGGGGUGACUUUUUCAUCGCAUACGAGCCACCCCCACCCAAGAGGUCGGAGGAAUGGAUGAUGGCGCGAGCCGAAAAACUGAAGGGGGAUGUCAGCCUGUUAUUUAAGACUUGCAACGGCAUGACGGCGCGAAUGUUCUUGGUGGAUACACUCCAACAUCUUGGAAUAGAUCACCACUUUGAGGAGCAGAUCCAUGACUCUUUAAACGAAAUCCUAGAGAGUGACUUUAGUAGCUCAUCCAGCCUCCAUGAGGUCGCUCUUCGGUUCCGUUUACUUAGAGAGAAUGGGCAUUGGGUAUCUCCAGAUGUUUUCAACAAAUACAAGGGUGAAGAUGGGAGCUUUAGAAAGGAUAUAACUAAUGAUCCAAAAGGAAUACUAUGUUUAUACAAUGCAACUCAUCUUCUCAUUCAUGGUGAGCCAAAACUGGAAGAAGCCAUGUGUUUUGCAAGGCAACAUCUUGUAUCGGUUAAUGGUAGUCUGCAAGCCCCCCUAGCUAAGCAAGUCAAAUGCGCCAUUCAUAGAGCACUUCCAAGGGCGGUGUAA